AUGUUUGGAUUUCCAUUUUCUGGUCCAUUUGGAGGUUUUUAAUAAUUUGAUGAUUCAGAAAUGAAUGAUAAUUUUUAUGAUUAAAUUCCUUAAUAAAAAGAUGUAGAUAAUAAGGAGUUAUAUGAAAUAUUAGAGAUCCCUCCUUAAUCAGAUAUAGCUGAAGUUAAAUAGGCUUAUAAAAAAUUAGCCAAAAAAUAUCAUCCAGAUCGACCUGGAGGAAGCUAAUAAAAAUUUUAAUUAAUACAAAAAGCAAAUGAAGUUCUCUCUGAUCCAGAGAAAAAAAAAAUAUAUGAUAAAUAAGGUAAACAAGGAUUAUUGAGAAAACUAAAUGUAAAGAAUUAAUAAUUUAAAAAAUGUGAUCCUUAUAAAUUAGAACAUAAAAUAACAUUAAAAGAUGUAUAUCAAGGAGCAUAUCAUAAAACAAUUUUAAAUAAAAUUUAAAAAACAUGUGAAAGUUGUUAAGGUUAAGGAGGAAAAUAAUCUAAUGAUUGUUAAAGUUGCCGAGGAUAAAAAUUUAUAUAAAUGCUUGUAUAAGUUUAACAUGGAUUGAAUGUAGUACAAUAAGCUCCUUGUCCUGAUUGUAAAGGGUAUAAUAUUAAUACUAUUAAAAUAGAAAAGGUAAGAUUUUUGUAAAAGGAAAUGAAUGUAAAUAAUGUAAUGGAGAAGGAAGAAUAGAUGGAUAAGUAGAAAUAGAAAUUCCAAUUGAGAAAGGAGUUCCAGAUGGAUAUUGUGUUAAAUUAUACGGUAAAGGAAACUAGAAAGUAAGCAAAUCCUUUUUGAUAAAAUUUAGCCAGGAUUUGAGAGUGGAGAUGUUCAUGUUUAUCUACAAAUUGAAUAGCAUCCUUAAUAUAUGAGAAAGGGAACAGAUUUAUUCUAUUAGAAAACAAUUUCACUUAAAGAAGCACUUACAGGAAUAAGUUUAGAUUUAGAAACUUUAGAUGAUAAAAUUAUUAAUGUGACAACAACUAAAAUUAUCAGACCAAAUUAAAUAAUGACAGUUAAAGAAAAAGGAUUACCAACAUUUAAAGAUGAAUUGCAUUAUGGAGAUUUACAUAUUUAAUUCAAUAUUGAAUUUCCUUAGUAACUAAAUUAAAAUAUCAAAAAUCAAAUAGCUUAGGUAAUCUUAUAAUUUUACUUUAAGAUUUUACCAGGACCUAAUAGUACCAUCAAAAAUGGAAAUGCUUCUAAAUUAGAGGAAUUUCAGUUAGGUGAAUUUGAAAAACAAUUAGCUAAAUAAGAAGAAAAUGAGGAAGAUGAUCCAAAUUAAAUAUAAGUUGAUUGUUCAAUAUUUUGA